AAGUAAUUCUUAUUAUCAACAAUGUCAUUACAACGUUGUUCGUUUCAUAUUAAGAAAUCUUGGCUUUUCGUUGGAAAUAAUCAGAAAGAAAACAGUUAAAGGAUUCUACACGAUGAUUAAUGAAAACUUGGCUACGUGAAGUAACUGGACAUACUUGAUCACUGUCAACAAAAUGUCUCCUUGUGUCAUACAAGGAAUCUGCUGCGUUAGAAGAUUAGUAUUAUCGAAAGUAAUUCUGCCUCCGGAUCUUUUCCAAAGAUUACACCAAGUCCAUAGACUGUCACACUUGUCAUUGCAACAGCCUUUUCGAACUCUCUCGUUGUCAUCACUCAGAUAUGGCAAAAAAGAAAAACAAGAACAAAUUGACAAAGAGAAGAGGUUGAUAGUCCGCUCAGAGGAUUAUUUUGAUCAAUUUGCAGAAAAGGAAAAGAACCGUGCCAUGUUCAAAGCAGCAGUGGAUGGUUAUGUUAUGAAAGAAAAUGUAUACCGCCGUGGUCAUGUGGAAUUUGCUUAUGCCGCAGUCAACAAGCUUAAAGAAUUUGGCUCAGAAAGGGACCUACCAUCGUAUAAGAAAAUUCUUGAAGUCUUUCCCAAAUAUAAGAUGAUCCCCAAAAAUGCAUGGCAAGUGGAGAUGAUGCACUAUCCAAAACAGCAGCAAUGCGCAAUUGAUAUUUUGGAUACAAUGGAACAUAAUGCUGUCAUCCCUGACAUGGAGUUUGGGAUAAUUCUCUCAGAAAUAUUUGGAUUAAAAGCUCAUGUAUUUCGUAAAUACCAACGGAUGAUGUAUUGGUUACCAAAAAUGAAAAACUUAAAUCCAUAUCCUGUUCCACUGUAUCUUCCGGAAGAUCCGACAUAUUUGGCUGUGUUAGCAUUGAAGAGGAUGGCUGUCGACUUAGAAAACCAUAUCUCUGUCUUUUGGACAGCGGAAAUUGAGAAAGACCCUGAAGUGAACACAUUCAUUGCAAGUGCCCAAAGUCCCUCACAGCGGGAACUUCUGAAUAAACAUGAUGAGUUGUCCCCUCUGACGGUGGAGGGCGGUCACACUGUGUGGUUGAGAAGCGUACUUCAAACUUACUUCGUCUUGAUAGCUGAGAAAAACCCUAACAAAUCUCUUAAAGCUGUGGAAGCAGGGAAAAAGUUGAAUGAGGAUGAUGAUGCUGAUGAUGAUCUGUUUGAAUGGAAUGUUUUUACGGAAGAGGAACACCACACACUGCCGAGUCUAUCUACAAGCCUCCAUCAACAACCAGAAGGAACCAUAUUGGCCAUGUGUAUUACAGGGACAUCAACAAAGGCUUCUCUUGUUACGUGGAUUCGUGGGCUACAAAAAACCAAUCCUAAAUUAGAAAAAAUCCCAGUUGUGUUCAAGCUGAAGACUCCAGAAACUUUACCUGACAUUACAACUGAUCAACCUCAGGACUCUAAUUUACCAUCAGCAAACACUUCUUGAUAAUAAACCAUUUUUAGUUAUU